AUCCCAUUCGCUGCAAUGGAAAUUGGAAUAGCGCGCAAUCGCUCUGAUUAUCGUUCUAUAGAUCGAGAUAUCUAUGGCUAGGGAUGAGUAAUUGAGUGGUCUUCAACAAUUGUUCUUAUAGAGACAUUAGAUCUUAUAUCUCUAUGUUGUAACGAAUAUAUAAAUCUAUACUAUAGUAUCGUUAAUUCGUUAGUGACAAUACAAUUACUACACCGUCCUUUGUCCGAGUUAUGUUGAGAAACUUUGCAGUCUUUGCACGAAUUGAUUCACCAAUCAUAUGUAUAAUUUCGGUCGAAAGAACAGAUCAAAAUAUAAGUAUACCAAAAGUGUUUUUUUAAUGCAGUGUGGAUUAAAAAAAAAAAUUGGAAACAAGUAUGAGUUGUGUCUGGGAAUGGAAAUAUAUUUGGAUUCGACUGAAUAGCUAGUUCCUUUUCUAUAAAAAAAAAAAUGAGCCCCGUGGACGUAAAAGUUGUACUCCUGGGCAAUGAAGCUGCUGGCAAGUCCAGCCUGAUGCGAAGAUACGUAAACGAUAGGUUCAAUGAUACCGGAGUAUGCCAGAAUACGAUAGGUUCUGCAUUUGCUUCCAAAGUUAUUAAAAUAAACAAAAAGGAAGAGCUUGUUCUUGGAAUUUGGGACACUGCUGGCAGUGAAAGGUACUUCUCCAUGACUAGGACAUACUAUAGAGGUGCAGCAGCUGCAAUUAUCUGCUAUGACGUUACAGAGGCAGAAUUUUUUAACAAAGCAAAAUUCUGGAUUCGUGAGUUAAGAAGUGUUGAAGAAAAUUGUAAAAUAUAUUUAUGUGGGACUAAAAAGGAUUUGUUAAGUGAUACCUGUCAAGCAAAUCCAAGCCUAGAAACAGUCAGAGAAUAUGCAGAGAGUAUGCGGAUUAAAUUAUUUAUCACCUCAAGUAAAACUGGAGAAAAUGUUGAAGACAUCUUCAGUGAAUUGAUUAACGAUUACUUGCAAAAUCCCGUACACCAAAAAAAAGUGGAGAAUUUCAUUGUUCUGGGGACUGAGAGCAAGAACUCAACUUCUCGAUGGUGUUGUUCUGUUUUGUAAGGAGCACUUUCUGUUAAGCUUUUUUUACUAUUGACUGAACAAUCAUUAAAAUUUUUCGUUAACCACACAGUAGUUGAAGUAAGAUUAAAUCUUUAUGUAGAGUGAUUAAAAAAUUCAUAACAAUUUUUUUUGAAAUAACCACAGUGUUU